AUGCUUGAUAGAGAUACUCUUCGUGCAUUAUCUGGAAAUUCUCAAGAUCCAGGAAGAUAUCACUUUGAUUUAUCUAAGAUUAAUAAGCAAGAAAAUCGUCCUUUCUUCAAUACUCUUCAAAAAUUCGCAAUUAAAAAUAUUGUAUCCCUCGGUUUUUCAGCAGAAGAACUUAAAAAAGCAGAAUCAAAGGCAGUAGCUGGUAAUGCACUUCCUCCAGAAGUUUCAAACUCUAUUGCCGUUGCUCACAAAAAAACUUACAUUAAAAAUAUUGUCACACUUAUUCAAUAUUUAUUAAAAGAAGGCAGAAUCACAAACAUUCACGAAAUAGUAUUAAAUGCCUUACCAUUAACUCAAGAUCAAAUUACAGAGCUCGCAAUUUCUUAUUCAACUUCAAAUCUCGAAAGCAUUGUAUUUCAGAAUAUUCCUCUUGGUGAUGGUGGCCUUAAUACUAUCUUAGCUUACUUAGAUCCAAAUAGGAUCAAAGCAGUAACUUUCCAUCGUUGUAAUCUUUCUCCUGCUGCUACAUCUAAGAUCUUGACGUUUAUCUCUAAGCGAACAUCAGAUCAAGGCAUUAAGGAGUUUAACGUUUCCAAAGUGGAAUUUUCUCAAGAAGAUCGAAAUAGAAUUGCCGAGGCUCUUAAGAAUCAAGGGCAAGCAGACGCUCCUACAAACGAUUCACAAAGAAAGGCAUCACCGAGUAAAUCAUCUCCAAGGAAAUCUUCACCGAAAAAGAAACAACCUACUUUAUCUCCAGAAGGGCAGGAAUUACAGAAAUUACGCGAAGAAAAUGCAGCAUUACGUGAACAACUGAAGAACUUACGUGAUACUGUUGAUGCUGUUCAAUAUAAUGAGAACGUUUUUGUUGUAGGAAAAGGUGCUGAGGAAUUUAUCAAGUUCUUGAAUACAGUAGAGUCUAAAAUAGCGAAGUUGGAAGAAAAGAAAUCUUUUAAUGAUAUUUAA